UUUCAAGCGGAUCGCUUUAAACGACAACAGCUAUAGCCAAUCAAAUACUGCUUUGCGCCGACUCAGCCAAUCUCGAGUGAGCGUAUUUCGUCAUGGGCGGGCUCUCGGCUUAUCAGUAGGAGAGGGCCAAGUAGUAGUAGCAAAGCGGAAAGAAAAUGGCGGCCGUGGCUGCGGAGCCAGGAGCUGCUGCUGCUGGUGCAUCAACAACCGCAGCGGGGGACGGGCUGGUGUACGCAGCAGAGCCCGGCGAGCAUGUGGCCGACUUAGAGCCCGAGCCCACGGCGGUGUUCGCUCCAGAAAUGGAGGUUUGUGGACAGCAGGCAGAGAGUGCGGAUGCAGCUGAGGAAUGCAGCCAGGUCCAAGUGGAGAUGAGCAGGCCGGAGGUCCGAGUCGCGGGAAAACCGGAGUGUGUCCAAACUCAGGAUGGACCCACGGACACGGACACGGCCACGGCCACGGCGGACGAGCACAUGCUCACGGACUCUACACAGACACACACCGAGGCCGCGGAGGAGCGCUUAAAAGAGCCGUUUUCUUUUAACCAGGUCAGUCCGCAUGAAUCCGGCUCCAGUGUCCGCUUUUUACCGCCUAGUACCGGGUCAGACCCUGCAGCACCCGCCGCCGAGGAACCCGACACCGGGUUGUACCUCACUGAACCGACUCCCGAGCCGAGCCACGACAAUCUCGAAUCGGUUCCUGAACUAGAGCGGGACCUCUUGGUUUCGAGCCCGCGAUCAAACUCAGAGCCAGAGGCUGCAACCAUUGCACCAGAUUCUAUAUUUAAUCCGCCCGUGGAUGCUUUCCACGAGUCCUCGGAUCCUCCUGAAUCAGAGGUCUCGCUCGGUGAAUCGGUUGCACAAAGUUGCACGAGUGACUCUUCAAAGGACUCCGAACCAGCCGAGCCGCUCACCUCGUCGGAACCGGAGGAUACACACGUGCAUGCACAUGGCUCUAGGUUGACCGAUGGACUUGCAGACACACAGAUAUCCGAGCAGAAAGUACAGCAAGGUUGUGCAGAACCUGCAGACAGUCAGCUCGAACCGAUUCACGGACUCGUACCCGGCUCCGAAGUCCGAGUCUCACUGGAUCACAUCAUCGACGAUGCACUCGUUGUGUCGUUUCAUUUAGGAGAAAAGAUCUUCUCCGGCGUGCUCAUGGACGUUUCCAAAAGGUUUGGUCCUUAUGGAAUUCCAAUAACUGUGUUUCCCAAGAGAGAAUACAAAGACAAACCAGAAUCUAUGCAGCUUAAGGCAGAACCAUUCCAGUCUGAAAAGGGUAUCAUUCAAGAAACUCCUGAUGUCCUUUCUAAGGAUGUUGCGCAGGGCUCCUCGGAGGCCCAAGCCAAUCCUAAGCCUGAGCCCAACCCUUGGACCUCAAAACCACCCCCUUUGUUUCAGGAGGGAGCUGCUUACCCACCUCCGCUGUUCAUCAGGGACACCUACAGCCAGUCUUUACCUCAGCCUCCACCUCGCAAGAUUAAACGGCCGAAGCGCAGGCUUUACAGAGAGGAGCCCACCUCUAUUAUGAACGCCAUUAAGCUUCGACCAAGACAAGUGCUCUGUGAUAAAUGCAAAGAGGCUGUGGUACAAGGGGAUAAGCGAGAGACACGCAGAGGCCCUAUUUCAGACUGCCAGAGGGACGAUGCAAAGCGCCGGCGCAAUAACAGUGCAGCUACGACUGCUGGGAAGCGGCCACGCAGUGAUGCACGCUCAGAGGACAGGAGUCGCAGUGUUGAUGCGCCCAAGCGGCAAACUGCAGCAAUACGGGUCACUUCUUCCUCAACCUCGACAGCUCUGGGCCAAGUGAAGGGAGCGGCUGCAGGGAAUCGAAUAAUAAAAGGUGUAUCGAGCACAGCGUUGUCCUCAGCCAACAGUAGCUCACGAGUCCAGCUCAAUGCCAAGAAAGUGCUGCAGAGCAAAAACGUUGAUCACUCAAAGGCACGUGAAGUGCUGAAAAUGGCCAAAGCUCAGAAGAGACAGAGGGAGACCGUCGGCGGCAGCAGCGGUAACAACAAGGGCAGAACGAGGGCCACAGCUCUUCAGGAGGCACACCAGAAGGUCCACCACACCCGACGACUGCAGCAGAUCAGUGUGGGUGGUCCAACUUUGUCCAAUCCGCUGCCACCCAGGAUGCGCAUCAAACCUCAAAGGUACCGUAAUGAAGAAAAUGAUUCUUCCUCAUGUAAACCACCUUGCUUGGAAAAAGUGGUGGGAGGGGGGCGUUUAGCGCUGCCCAAGCUAGCCACAUCACGUAGCUCCUCCACACGCUCCUCCUAUUCUUCCUCCUGCCCUGCAGGACAGGCCACCGCCAGUGCAGAAUCUCAGGGGCCAGAUACAGCUCUGGAACCCCAAUUGAGGCAGCCACGACCCAAACCCCAGUUGCAACCCCAAACAGCCCCGGAACAAAGCAACUCCCAGCCUGAGCCAGAGGAACAGGAAGGGCAAGAAAUGAGUGGGAGCAAGGCUGGGAACCUAGUAGUCUACAUGACCCUUAAUCCCAGCCAGCUUGACUCCUCUAGCACAUCCAUGUGCAGUCUGGAUAGUGCGGAUGACUUAAAGUCAUCAAACUCAGAGUGUAGCUCAACUGAAACCCUUGACUUCCCCCCUCCUGGUGAUUUUCGAUCGGCAACUGCCCCUGGCACAUCUUCCACUUUUGCCUCUGCUUCUCCCACAGCUCCCAAGCAGGAAAAAAAGCGCAGUAAAUCCCUUAAAGCUGCAGUUUUUUCCAAAAAUGUCUCAAAGUGUGUUGCUCUGAAUGGCAGUACCAUUUGCGUAGGGGAUAUUGUGUGGGCCAAAAUCCUUGGCUUUCCUUGGUGGCCGGCCCGGAUCCUAACCAUCACAAUCAGCCGCAAAGAUAAUGGGCUCUUAGUAAGGCAGGAGGCACGUGUCUCCUGGUUCGGGUCGCCUACCACUUCCUUCCUGGCUAUUACUCAGCUUUCCCCCUUUCUAGAAAACUUCCAGUCUCGCUUUGACAAGAAGAGAAAGGGGCUGUACCGUAAAGCCAUUACUGAGGCUGCCAAGGCGGCCAAACAGCUCACUCCAGAGGUUCGCGCCUUGCUUACGCAAUUUGAGACGUGAGUCUGUGUGCCUUCGAAAGGUAGGCAAGGCUGCCACCCGCUUUUGCCCCGCAUCCUUCCAGAAAAGCUCUCCAACCUUUACCAUACCCAGCCACUUCGCAGAGACAAACCCAAAAAAACGUCAGGCCAGUCAUCCAGGACUCCGGGGAGCUAAAUGGUGUUGAAAGUUUAAAAUGCUGGAUAAUGAUGAUGAUAGGAAAGUGUUGUCUUCAUUUAAGUGAAGUUGGGAUUUUCUUAUGUGUAAUUUUUCUUGAGCCCAUAUGCCACAUAGAAUCUUUAGUUUUUUUCACUGAUGUUUUUAAUCAGUGCAUUGCUGUAUUAUGAUGCCAGGAUGAUCACACCCUCCCAGCUAUAAAAAGGGGUAAAUUUGUAUUACUCCCAAUUUUUUUAAUCUUUAUUUAAUUAGACUUGUUUUUAGACAUAAAAGCUGGAAUUUGGAACCCUUCUUUCAGGGAUGUGUAAAUAUUGGACCAGGUUAUGACCUCUUAGAGGCAUCUUUAUUAUUUUAGUUUGCAUCUACAUGCACAUAUGGAAAGGGCUGUGUGUGUUUUGAUGGCAACAAUGCGGUAAAACCACUUCGCUAGAUCCCUUAUUUUAAAACUCUAGAAAGACACACAAAAGGUUCCUGGUGGGUACAAAGUCUCUUACUCAGGUAGAUGAUGAGACCUGGUUGGUGCUGCUCCUCCUUUCUAAUCAGUCGUAAUUCAAUGCUGGAUCUCAGCCCUCCGCUCCAAGGAGGCCAGCUGAGGCUUUGCAGGCAUGUUUAGUUGAGGUUCUGAUGGAGGUGUCUACAAGCCAAAGUCAUCUCAAGUGCCAGUGAAAGGAGUGAGCAGAGGCCCUGUUCAUGUCUUAGUCAGAGCUGCCAGCUGAAGUGAGCAUGUGAUUCCCUCCCCUUCCAGCUACAUCUGCUUCGUUUACCUUUUGUCCAUUGUCACUUCAAACUUUUCUCUUGUCUCUCUCAAAGUCUUUAGCCAUGUCUUCGUCUUCCACUUUUUUAUGUAUCUGGUUCAACUCGAAAUUUUCUUUCUUAGCUAAAAUAUCAUUUCUCCUUGUUUUUGCGGAAAACCUUUAUUUUAAACUAUUAGAAUAAGAAGCAUCUUAUUUGAGGUUGUUGUUUAUCCGAUGUUUUGAAUCUGAAGACACUUUCUUGUUAAUCCAUCAGCAUUAAAAGAAGACUGUUAAUACUGUCUUGCUGAGAGCACUAAACACAAGACAGCAGUUCUACUUUUGUUCAACCACAAUUGAGUUAGUAUUUCUAGUUAAUUCAGUAGUUCAGUGAUUUCUCUAAUUCUAGUGUUUGUCUCUCGGCUGUCUAAGCCAAGAAAUGCAUUUUAAUGUGAUUAUUUGUUGUGCCUAAACUUUAUUUUGUGUCAUUUCACUUCUUGGAUCAUAGGGCUGAUGAUCUGGAAUACACGGUUGUAUAUACAGUAUUUAAAAUGUAUUUUACCAGAGGGAUAGGUUGGAGAAUGACGAGCAUUUCAUAACUGAAAACAAAUGUUUUUAAGUUUGUAUGAAGCAAGUGAGAGUUGUGUUAAGAGAAACAUGUGUAAUCGUUCUGUAACCAUGGCUGUCCUUCACUUGCAUACCAGUUUAGCAUUCAGAACUGUUUUUCCCUACCUGAGAAAAAAUAUAUACUGUAAGAUAUCCUGGUCUUUACAACUACGCUAGUCACUUGAGCAGAGAUCAGGGGCUUGAGAUAAAAACACUUUGCUUGGUAGACCACACUGACUGACAAACAACAAAACAGAGCAAAUGGUAUUUAUUUUGGUGGUUGGCUUUGUUUCAUUUCAGUCUUUUAUUUUGUACGUUUAUGAUUUCUAUCUGUUUGCAGGUCAGAGAAUGCUGUAAAACCAUUGGAAAAAAAAUACAAUGGAAAAUAUUGUGUACAUGUUUUCUGAUGUUUUAAGAGUAUAUAAAUAAAAUUGUGAACUUCAAAAAUUUUA